AAUCAAAUCAACGAACUCUUCAGCCAUGUCUAACGUCAAACAAACCAACCGGCGUCGUUCUUCCUCCUUAUGCCACCGUCACCCUUCCGCUAAACCAACCAGCGGGUUCUGCGCUUCCUGUCUCCGUGAACGUCUCGUCACUAUAGAAGCUCAGUCUCCUUCUCCCGCCGCCGUUCAGACUCCAGAGCUUCGUCGUAUUCGAUCAUACUCCGUUCGCAACGCAUCAGUCUCCGUUUCAACGCAGCCGCGACGGAGAUCGUGUGACGCUAGGUCAAGCGCAAGCUCUCUCCAGGACUUGUUUGUCGAUGAUGACGAAGAACGGAUGGAUAGUUCGAUUCGGAAGUCUCUGGUUCCGGAUUUGAAAGAGGAAGAAGAAGAAGAAGAAGAUUACUACGAUGGAGAAGAUAUCAAAGGUUUUGAUGGGAAGAUUGUCGAAGAAGAAGGCGUAGAGAACAAGACGAUGAAGGAGUUUAUAGAUCUAGAUUGGGGAAACCAAAUUAAGAAGAACAAUGGCAAAGAUUUGAAGGAAGUAGUAUCGGUUUUGAGUAGGAGAUUGAAAAUUUUUACACUGAAUCAUCAGAAGAGAAAUGACGAAAAAUCGGAUUUUAGAUUCGCCGGAAUUGUGAAUGGUCGUCACUCUUGUGAUGUAGAUCCUAGAUUAUCUCUUGAUGGUGGUAGGAUCUCGUUUGAGAAACCUAGGGCUUCGUGGGAUGGUUGCUUGAUUGAAAAAUCAUAUCAUAAGCUGACGACAUUGUCUACUGUGACGGAAGAUGGUAAAGCUAAAUGUGGUGUUGAAGAAGAAGAAGUAGAGGAGGAGAAGAGUCCAGGUGGGACGGUUCAAACGAAGAACUAUUACUCGGAUUCUCGUCGGAGAAGGAGCUUUGAUCGAUCGGUUUCGAUUAAAAGACAAGGAUUACUUGAGGUUGAUGAAUUGAGAGGUAUAUCGAAUGCUAAGGUAUCACCUGAAACUGUUGGUUUGUUUCAUGGUGCUAAGUUAUUGGUUACAGAGAAGGAACUUCGGGAUUCGAAUUGGUAUUCGAUUAAAAAUGUGAAACCAGAGAGUAGAGAAUUAGUUUCUAAAGGAAAGAUUUGUAUUGCUGCUGGUGAGGGGAAGAAGCAGGAUAGUGUAGAGUUAAAGAAACCUAGAAAGAAAUGGCCAAAGGGAUGGAACAUUUGGGGAUUGAUACAGAGGAAAAACGAGGCGAAGAACGAGAUAAAAACUGAGCAAAGUUUGAAACUUGAAGGAAAUGCGGUUGAGGGUUCUUUGGCUGAGUCUCUGUUAAAGCUUAGGAGAGUAGGUAAAGGAGAAACCAAUGGUGGUGUUAGUGAGAAGCUUUUGAAAAGCUAUAGUGUCAGCGCGAGAAAGUCAUGCGAUGGUGUGCUUAGUAGUGCUGCCGUAGUCAGUGGCUUUGAAGGUGGAAGAAGCUCUUGUGAUGGUCUGUUUCAUGGAUCUAUUAACAGUGUUGAGGCUGGGAGAAGCUCGUGUGACGGAUUGGUUAAUGGUAUUGAGGGUAAACAAAAUCAUCUUCUCCAGAGAAACGCAAAUGUUGGUACGUGCGGCCGAGAAAACCUUGAUAAUAGUUUGUUUAGAUUCUAUUUGACUCCGGCAAGGAGCCAUAAGACUAGCAAAUCCGGGAAGAGUAGGCUGAAGAAUUAGUUUGUCUGACAUUUGUGUUAACUCAUUAAUACUCUUUU